CGCCUUUGCAAUUCCCCUCGUCUCUUCGGCGUCAGGACCUUCGUCUUUCCGAGGCUGUGGAGAACAUGUGUUUCGACGAUAUCUCCGCCUUCACAAAUACUGGACGAACGUCGUCUAACGCGCCUCCUUUCUCAACCGGCUGAAGCUGCAAACUUCGCACAGCUUCUCAGGGAAUCGCCUGAUUUCGAUGCAACCAUCGUCAGGCCCCUUCUGGACGUCGCCAAACUGACUCGCGCGUCCAUCCUGGACCUUCUGCAAAUAGCCUUGUCGCCGGAUCUGCCGACAUUUUACUCGCAGUCAUUUUCCCCACAGACCCGUCGACGCCUGCUGCAGCCGGACUUUGUGCUCUCGCAGUUGAAGCUGCCGCUCAUGCGGUUCGGUGUGACGAACCCCGAACGCGUGAUUCGCAGGUGUCCGAGUCUGUUCACCGCGGCAGUCAUGCAGGACGGUGGACAGACGAGACUGUUGGCCUCUCUUAGCGCGUUGAAGGGCUUUUUAACGAAAAAGGACCUCGGCACACUGGUCAAGAACUAUCCUAGUGAGUGCGUGAUGGGUCUGGAGAGCUCAGCCGAGGUGAAAACAGUGGCCAAACACUCCCACGAGACGCGACAUUCAACGCGACUCUGUAUUGCGGCUUCCCCGGCGUGGUGUCUGCCCUUGAAACAGACGAUCGCGCGACACACCCUCCUGCUUCUGGCGAACCAAUUUCUUGAUAAGACCCUUGAUUUCACGGGGAGUUCUUGUUCUCUCUCAGAAUCGCGUGAUUACAUCGCUGGGAAACUGUUGACGUGUCCUCCCGAACGAUUCUCCUACUGGCUUGAAUAUCACGAUGAACCCGAGGCGGCUCAUGUCGACGGGCGAAGCUUUAGCGGUGCUGAUGUUCGCCAGUUUGAGAAAAUCUGUGCGUGUCUGGAAUCGGAGGAGCCCUCAGACGGCGCUUACAACUACGCCGACGAUGUUGAAGACGACGAAGAUGAAAUUUAUGAGAGUGAUUCCGAUGACUCCGAUCAAGACCCAAAUAAAUGA